AUGCAAAGAAUCUACAAGAAUUUUAUAUUAAAAUUACAUGAUAAUUAUAGUAAUUUAGAAGCAAUAAUUACAUGUAAAUGUAGUUCAAAUUUCUCAUUCAUGAAAAUGGAUAAUCAAUUUCAAUUGUCAAAUUUUUAUAAACAUAUAAAAAAGUUGAAUUGUUCAUUAAUGAAAGAAUUGGUAAAGAAAGAUGAUAAACAAAAAAGAAGUAAUGUUCAAACAUCAUCACCAGUACAAUCACAACCAUUAGUUCAAAUAAUAAUCCUAUAG